GCUCAAAUAUAUUCUAUUUUCUAUGUGACUUUAUUUUAUGUCAUAACAAAAUGAAAAAUUUGAGAAGUUGUUUGAGUUGCGGAGUCUAUGGGUUCUCUAGAGUAUAUAAGCCAGCGCCAAGGAAGUUAGACGACAUUUUUGCAAAACGGCAAAAAGUUAUUUGUGCUCGGAGGUUCUUCACUGAAAAUGCAAAUCAUUCUAAGUCAAAUGAGUGGAAAAGCACAAUAGAUGAUGAUGAAGUAGCGAGACUCAGUCGGAGUGGAAUGGACUGGUGGGAUGCCAAUGGGGAAUUCAUCGCACUUCACACAAUGAACAGGGUGCGGGUGCCAUACAUCAAGAAAGCUGUUAUAGGCGUUCAAGGUGAAAUGUCGACAUCCUCUAAGCCACUAGAUGGCUUUAAGAUGCUUGAUGUAGGUUGCGGAGGUGGCCUAUUAGCUGAGCCACUAGCUCGACUAGGGGCCAAGGUAACGGGAAUUGAUGCAUCUGCACGUAACACCCACGUGGCCAUGCGCCAUGCUUCCCUAGAUCCAUCAUUAGCAGGUAAUCUACAGUACAGAUGUACAACAGUGGAACAGCUUGCGCAGGAGAAGAAAGUGUUUGACUGUGCGGUGUCAUCCGAGGUCAUUGAGCACGUUACAGAAAAAGAGUCUUUUAUUGGUGCAAUAUCCCAGCUACUGAAGCCUAGAGGAUCGCUUAUAUUGACUACCAUGAACAGGACUCCGCAGGCCUAUGUUCUGGCAAUAGUAGCCGCAGAGUACAUAGCACAUGCUGUGCCAAUCGGCACUCAUGACUGGAAUAAAUUCCCUAAAAUUAGUGAGCUGACAGAACUACUUCAAGAAAAUGGUCUAGAAACAGAAGACAUCCAAGGGCUUGCAUUCAACCCAGUAACAAGUCGCUGGUCCUAUUGUGAAGGCACUGAUAUAAACUUUGCACUGCAUGCAAUCAAGAUUUAGUUAUAAAAAAAAAACUGUUUUAUAACACAAGGUUAUUGAUGAUGGUGUGUGAAUUCUCAGGAUGGAAUUGUGGAAAUAAAAUAUGAUUUUCAUCCA